AUGCACACUCUAAUUUUAUUCUUCUUGCUUUUGAAUAUUCCACUCCUUGUGGUCAGUUUGAUUCAUCCCAGGUGCUUUUGGAGAAUGAAGCAGAAUGAAGAGAAGAAUGGAAACCUGAAAACAGGUUGUAUCUUUGCAUUUGGAGUUGUGAAAUGGCCGGUGGAGAAAGAGUACUACUACAAUAUUCUCAGUACACAAACAAAUACUGAAAAUCACCAGUUUUCUCUGGCCUUGGCUUUUUCCAUGGAUGAAAUCAACAAGAACCCUGAUCUUUUACCAAAUAAGUCUUUACUAUUUGACUUCCCAUUUUACAGUUGUAAAAGUCACUCAGAAUUAACCACACUCAUUCAUGGGUCUGUACAACAAUACGAUAUUUUUCCUAAUUAUGUUUGUAACAAUGAGACCAUGUGUACAUUGUUGCUAACAGGACCAAAUUGGAAAAUAUCUGUGAUACUUCGGACAUACCUGGACCUUUACAAAUCCCAGCAGUUCCUUCAGCUUACUUAUGGACCUUUCCAUCCUGUCCUGAGUGACAAUGAACAAUUUCCUUAUCUGUAUCAGAUGGCCCCUAAGGAAACAUCUCUUGCCUUGGCCCUGGUCUCCUUCCUAAUUCAUUUCAGUUGGAACUGGAUUGGGCUGGCCAUCUCAGACAAUGAUCAGGGUAAUCAAUUCCUAUCAUAUUUGAGAACAGAGAUGGGAAAAUAUACAGUCUGCUUUGCCUUUGUGAACAUGAUCCCUGUCAACAUGCAAUUAUUCAUGACAAGAACUGAUGUGUAUUACAACCAAAUCAUCACAUCAUCCACAAAUGUUGUUAUUGUUUAUGGUGACACAGAUAGUACUCUUGCUUUGGGCUUUAAAAUGUGGAAAUCUCUAGGUGUACAGAGAAUAUGGGUUACCACUUCAGAGUGGGAUGUCAUUACUAGUAAGAGAGACUUCACAUUUGACACUUUCCAUAGCAUUAUUGCUUUUCAACACCACCAUGGUGAGAUUUCUGGUUUUAAAAAUUUUGUGCAGACAUUGAACCCUUUCAAAUACUCAGAUAAAUAUCUCGUAAAGUUAGAGUGGAUGUACUUUAACUGUGAAAUUUCAGCAUCUAACUGUAAGACACUGAAGAACUGCUUAUACAAUGAGUCAUUUGAAUGGCUAAGUGAACAGACUUUUGACAUGGCGUUUAGUGAUGGCACUCAUGACAUAUACAAUGCUGCAUAUGCUGUGGCCCAUGCCCUCCAUGAGUUCUUUCUUCAACAAGGAGAUAAUCAGCAGAAGUACAGAGGGAAAUGGCCCAAUUCUGUGUGCUUGAAGUUACAUUCUUUGCUAAAGAAGACCCACUUCACUAAUCCUGUUGGGGACAGAGUAAUUAUGAACCAGAGAGAAAAAAUGCAGGAAGAGUAUGACAUUUUCUACAUUUGGAAUUUUCCACAAGGUCUUGGACUUAAGGUAAAGAUAGGAGAGUUUAGUCCAUAUUAUUCAAGUGGGAAACAGCUCUGGUUAUUUGAAGAUAUGAUAGAGUGGACCACAGGAAAUAGACAGAUGCCAUCUUCUGUGUGCAAUAGUGAUUGUGGUCCUGGGUUCAGAAAAAUCUGGAAGGAGGGAAUGUCAACCUGCUGUUUUGAUUGCAUACACUGCCAAGAAAAUGAAAUUUCUAAUGAGACAAAUGUGGAUCAAUGUGUCAAGUGUCCUGAGGACCAGUAUGCUAACCCAGAGCAGAAUCACUGCAUUCAUAAAGCUCUUAUUUUUCUGACCUAUCAAGAAACCUUGGGGAUGACUCUUUCCUUAGUGGCCUUAUGCCUCUCUACUCUCACAGCUGCCAUUCUUGGCGUCUUUGUGAAGUACCAUACGACUCCCAUUGUUAAGGCCAAUAACUGCAGACUCACCUAUAUCUUGCUCAUCACCCUCAUUUUUUGUUUCCUCUGCCCCUUGCUUUACAUUGGCCAUCCAAACUCAGUCACCUGUGUCCUGCAGCAAGUCACAUUUGGAAUUGUAUUCACUGUGGCUAUUUCCACUGUAUUGGCAAAAACAAUUACUGUCAUUCUUGCCUUCAAAGUUACAGCCCCUCAAAGAAUGAUAAAAUAUUUUCUUAUUUCAGGAGUAUUUAACUAUAUCAUUCCCAUCUGUACUCUCAUCCAAGUUUUUGUCUGUACACUCUGGCUGGGAACUUCUCCUCCUUCUGUAGAUUUUGAUCCACAGUCUGAGCAUGGCCACAUCAUUAUUGUUUGCAACAAGGGUUCAGUCACUGCCUUUUACUGUAUGUUGGGUUACCUGUCCUGCCUAGCCCUUGGGAGUUUCACUCUUGCUUUCUUGUCCAGGAACCUGCCUGGCACAUUCAAUGAAGCCAAGUUUCUGACAUUCAGCAUGCUGGUAUUCUGCAGUGUCUGGAUCACUUUCCUCCCUGUCUACCAUAGCACUAAGGGAAAGGUCAUGGUGGCAGUGGAGAUUUUUUCCACAUUAGCUUCCAGUGCAGGGAUGCUCGGAUGUAUUUUUAUUCCUAAGUGCUACAUAAUUUUGUUAAGACCAGAGAGAAAUUCUCUACAAAGGAUCAGGGAGAAAUAA